AUGGGGAGGAUUUCACCAAUCAAAAUUGUACUACAAUCAUUUACAGAUAGUGAAUACAUCAUCAUCAUAGAUAAAAUUAUCGAGAUAUGGGGACAAUUGAAGGUGAUAGUUUUGGAGCCAUUGUUGAGAAUGUUGAUGUAUGUUUCUCUUGCGAUGUCUGUAAUGUUGUUCAUAGAGAAGGAGGUUUAUCAGCUUUCCAUUGGAGCUGUAUGUGGGCUUUCUUGGCCGUCUAAUCGUAUUGUAAUUCAAGUUCUUGAUGAUUCGACAGAUCCCCUCGUCAAGAGUUUGGUGGAAGUGGAGUGUGAAAAGUGGUCAAGUAAAGGUAAAAACAUACACUACCAAUUGAGACACAAUCGAAAAGGAUACAAAGCUGGAGCACUUAAAGAAGGUUUAAAGCAUUCUUACGCCAACGAGUGCGAAUAUGUGGCUAUUUUUGAUGCUGAUUUCCAACCUGAACCGGAUUUUCUUAGGAAAACUAUCCCGUUCCUUCAUCAUAACUCUCAACUCGGUCUUGUUCAAACUCGUUGGAAGUUCGUGAACUCGGAUGAGUGCUUAAUGACAAGAAUGCAAGAGAUGUCACUUAACUACCACUUCAAAGUGGAGCAAGAAGUUGGUUCUUCCACACAUUCAUUUUUUGGCUUCAAUGGUACUGCUGGAGUUUGGCGAAUGGCUGCACUUAAUGAGGCAGGAGGAUGGAAGGAUCGUACCACAGUUGAAGAUAUGGAUCUAGCCGUUAGAGCUAGUCUUAAAGGCUGGAAGUUCUUGUACCUUGGUUCAAUACAGGUUAAAAAUGAAUUGCCAAGUUCAUUUAAAGCCUAUCGCUACCAACAACAUCGAUGGUCUUGUGGUCCAGCAAACCUUUUCAGGAAAAUGGUUUACGAAAUCAUGAUAAAUGAGAAUGUUACAUUGCGGAAGAAGCUACAUGUGAUCUAUAGUUUCUUCUUUGUAAGAAAGAUCGUAGCUCAUAUUGUUACAUUCGUGCUCUAUUGUGUUGUAAUUCCUGCAAGUGUGUGGUUACCUAAAGUAGAGGUUCCGACUUGGGGUACCAUUUACAUCCCAACCAUCAUCACCAUUUUGAAUGCUGUUGGAACUCCAAGGUCUUUAUAUUUAGUUGUAUUUUGGAUUGUCUUUGAGAAUGUCAUGGCCCUCCAUCGAACUAAGGCUACAUUCAUUGGAAUUUUUGAGGCUGAAAGAGUGAACGAAUGGGUCGUUACUGAAAAGCAUGGAGAUGAUUCCAAGCCUAAAACAAUAACUAGUCAACAUGAAAUGCGUGGCUUCAAAUUAAGCGAAAGGCUUCUUGUGGUAGAGUUAUGUAUGGGUAUUAUCCUCUUUGUAUCUGGUUGUUAUGAUCUUGCAUUUGGAAAGAAUUACUACUAUAUUUACAUGUAUCUACAAGCUAUCGCUUUCAUCGUAAUGGGUGUGGGUUUAUAUUGGCACUUAGGUCCCUAAAUCUUAAAGGACUCCUUUAUAUGUACAUUUUCAUUGGCAAUCAUUUUAUCUUUGUGCCCUUGAUCCUUUCAUCAUUAUCUUACAAAUACAAUUUUGUUUGAGAAAGUGAAACUUUCUUUUAGUUCAUUUGAUUGUUACCAUUGUAUAUAUACAAAAUAAAUCAAAAUAGUUGUGUACGAAGAAAAAACGAACACAAGGACAAAGGUCUUUGAAUAAGGUAGGCGUGGCUUCAUGAAUGGUUAAAAAGCAGAAGGGUUAAUGUAUUUGUAAUAUUUCGAUUAUGUAGG